AUGCUAGACUCACUUAAGUUAGCUGGAUGGGAAGUCGAGUCGUCCACCGAAGAAAUUUUCCGACCCGUCCCUUCUCCAUCAGGCUCCUCGAAGAUCGACAUAGCGUCAUCAUCUUCGCUCAUAACAUCAAUUUUUUUCCUAUUACCUGAUAUAUUUUUAUUAGCAAAUGCCUUGCUUUUUUGCCGGUUCGACAAAUUUCUUAUCUCCCUUUGUACACAUCUUUUAACUUCUUCCGACCUCGUCUUAUUGACCGGCGGAGGCCUUUUUCUCUUCCAGCUUGGAGCGGCCUGUGCGGUGGAGAGCAUCCGUCGCUGGGCCGCCUGUUGGGCGAUCAGUCGUUGGCGAGCAAUUAGGGCAAGCCGCCGAGUAAGCGUAAGAUCAGGCAAGGAAGAGGAGAGAACGUUCCCGGAAGACUGGAUUUCAUAUUUAUCUAUAAAUCAUGAAAAGAAUGCUGAAGUGUAA